CAGUCCUGAAUCCUUUGUUGUAAUUGAUCACCAAACCAUCGACAACAAAAUAAGAUUCAAUAGGCUCUUUUUUGCUUUGAAACCCUGUGUUGAUGGCUUCCUAAGAGGUUGUAGGCCAUAUCUUGCUGUAGAUAGUACAUUUUUGAAUGGGAGGUUCAAAGGCCAGUUGUGCGUAACUUGUGCAGUUGAUGGGCAUAACUGGAUGUACCCAGUAGCUAUUGGUGUCAUUGACUCAGAAACGAAUGAAAAUUGGGUAUGGUUCAUGGAGAGGUUGAAGGAAGCUAUAGGCACCCCUGUUGGCCUAACAUUCAGCACUGAUUGUGGGCAGGCAGUGAUGAAUGGGGUCAGUGAGGUUUUUCCACAAGCUGAACAUAGAGAGUGUAUGUACCACCUAGUUCAGAAUUUCAAGAAGAGGUACAGUGGUGAGAUUUUUUAUAAGCAUUUGUGGCAAUCUGCAUAUUCUUGGAAUCCUUACAUGUUUGAGAAACAUUAUCAAGCAAUGGCUGCACACAAUCCAGAGUCAAUGAAAUAUCUUCAGGAAACUCACAAGAAACUGUGGACCAGGAGCCAGUUUUCCACCCUGUCAAAGGUGGAUUAUAUUACCAAUAACUUGGCUGAGGCCUUCAACAAAUGGGUAAAGGAGCACAAGAGCAAGAACCUGGAUGAUCUGAUGGAUACAAUUAGACAGAUGAUAUUGAUUAAAUGGAAUCAAAGGAAAAGGAUUGUCCAAAAAUUUGAAGGCAAGAUUUUGCCUCAUAUAGUCCAAAAGUUGAGGGAUGACAGCUACAACCUUGACAUUGAAGUGAUUACAAGCUCACCUGAUGGCAUUGCUGAAAUUUGUGCUAUGGAGCGUGAGGCCACUGCAUACAGAUUUGUAGUCAACUUAGUUGAGAGGACAUGCACCUGCAGAGCUUGGCAAGGGUCAGGAAUACCAUGCAAACAUGCCAUUGCCUACAUCACAUCAAUUUCUGGGGCUCACUUAGAAGACUAUGUCGAUGAGUAUUACUCAGUUGAGAAAUUCAGAGUUGCAUAUGAAGGUUCUAUCCCUAGUAUUCCAGACAAGUCCAUGUGGCCCAAAGGCGCACAUGGCUUCUUCAUGCAUCCUCCAUUGCUCAAGUCAACUGCUGGAGGAAGGAGAAAGAAUAGGAUGAAGUCAGCUUUGGAGGGAGGUAGUACCAGCAAGAAGAGAAAGAAGUGUCCAAUAUGCCAUGACUUUGGGCACCACUGGUACAAAUGUAAGAAUGGGAACCCAGAAGAUAUAGCUGCAAUGGAGGCUGUGAGGGGUCCACCAAAGAAAAAGCUCAAGAAAGCAACUACUUGUACACACAGAGUCUAGUAUUGUUG